AAACGUCCAAUUGAUGACCAAUUGAAAGAUGCUACCUUUGAUGAACAUGUUCGCCAAAUGGGUCAAAAAUACUUGGGUCUUUUCCAAAAAGCAUACCCUGAAUCUGAUGUUCCAUUUAUAGAUGGGACUCAUGAAACUCCAUUAACCAACUAUUUGAAUGCUCAAUAUUACACUGAAAUUCAAUUAGGUACUCCAGGCCAACCAUUCAAAGUCAUUUUAGAUACUGGUUCUUCAAACUUGUGGGUUCCAAGUACCGAUUGUUCUUCUUUGGCUUGUUAUUUACAUUCCAAAUUUGAUCAUGAAGCUUCAUCAACUUAUAAAGCCAAUGGUUCUGACUUUGCCAUUAGAUAUGGUUCAGGUUCUUUAGAAGGUUAUGUCUCUCAAGAUACUUUACAAUUGGGUGAUUUGAUCAUUCCAAAACAAGAUUUUGCUGAAGCAACAAGUGAACCAGGCUUAGCUUUUGCCUUUGGUAAAUUUGAUGGUAUUUUAGGUUUAGCUUAUGAUACUAUUUCUGUCAACAAAAUUGUCCCUCCAGUUUAUCAAGCCAUUAAUGCUGGUUUGUUUGAUGAACCAAAAUUCGCCUUCUACUUGGGUGAUUCCGAUAAGAGUGAAGAUGGUGGUGUUGCUACUUUUGGUGGUGUUGAUGAAUCAAAAUACAGCGGUAAAGUUACUUGGUUACCAGUUCGCCGUAAAGCUUACUGGGAAGUCAAAUUCAAUGGUAUUGGAUUAGGUGAUGAAUUCGCUGAAUUAGAAAACACUGGUGCUGCCAUUGAUACCGGUACUUCAUUAAUUGCUUUACCAUCUGGUUUAGCUGAAAUUUUAAAUGCUGAAAUUGGUGCUAAGAAAGGUUGGUCAGGCCAAUACUCUGUUGAUUGUGAAACCAGAGAUAGCUUACCAGACUUGACCUUCAACUUGGAUGGUUACAAUUUCACUAUUGGUCCAUAUGAUUACACCUUGGAAGUUUCAGGUUCAUGUAUUUCAGCAUUCACCCCAUUAGAUUUCCCAGCUCCAAUCGGUCCAUUGGCUAUCUUGGGUGACUCAUUCUUACGUAAAUACUAUUCUAUUUAUGAUUUAGGUAAUGAUGCUGUCGGUUUAGCUAAAGCUAAAUAA